AUAGACAACAGUUGGCUCAAUUUAUUAUAAAAGUUCAACUUAAUUAGAUCAACAGUUAGUUGUUAAGUGUUCAGCCAAAUGGUUCACUUAAUUACCAGUUGAUGACUAUGAUUUAGGCAUCAAAAUACAUUACACUGCAAGUGAUCGGACUAGUCAAGUUAACCAGUUUAACCGGUUAUUUACAUAUUGUAUUAUAACCAGAUUAAUUUAUUUACCAACAUUGUAACAAAAUGUCGCCAUCUUUUUUAAUUGUGUUCUUAAUUAUUUGUAUAAAUCAUUCUCUUGUCAUUGGUGAAGAUCCCUUGCAGCUGAAAUUGGUAGCCAUUGUCCAUCGCCACGGUGAUCGCGCUCCUUUAAACUUCCUUCCUGGUGAUCCUUAUUCAGAUGAUAUCUUUUGGCCUGAUGGCAAAUCACAGUUACUUGCCUCUGGAAAAGACAGAUUGUAUCAAUUGGGUGAAUCGUUGAGGCUCUAUUAUGACAAUUUUUUAACCCACAAUCCAAGGGAAGUUCGUGCAAGAAGCUCUGAUGCCGAUCGAUGUAUUGAAUCAGCUGAAAUGCUAUUCCAUGGGCUGUACAAAGCAAAGGGGCGAUGGAUCUACAACAGUAAAACCGAUUACCUUCCAAUACCAAUACAUACGACUCCAACUAUGUAUGAUAGGAUGUUGGCUGAAGGAGUUUAUUGUCCAGUGCUCAAUAAAGAGACUCAGGCUGUCUUUGAAAGACCAGAGUCAAAAUCAUUUUUAACAAAAUACUCAACAACACUAGCCGUUUUAACCCAAAAUUUGGGAUUAAAAUUCAACGAUUUAGGUUUGGUUUUUGGUAUUUUCGAUGCUUGGAUGAUUGAAAAAUCACAAAACUAUAAACUACCAAGCUGGAUGACUGAAUCCAUUUGGAAUGAUCUUAUCGAGAUGGUCAACUUAUACUCAACCAUUCAAAACGAUUCCCCAAUAAUACAUCGUCUUCGAGCUGGAAACUUCCUUGCAGAUCUGAAAAAAUAUUUUAUCCAAUCAACUGAACCAUCAAACGGUAAACAACCAGUAAAGCUAAUAACCUAUUCAACACAUGAUACUAUGUUGGGAUCAUUCAUGUCCACUCUGAAAAUCUUCAACAAGAUAAGAGUGCCUUAUGGAGCCGCACUGUUGAUUGAAUUGUUAGCUUCGCCUGAUAAUAAGCAGAACUAUGUUCAAAUCAAAUAUUGGAAUGAUACUCAUGUCAACGAGCAACACAAAUUAACACUACCUUUCUGUGAAUCUGGACAGCUGUGUAAGUUGGAUCAAUUUUUGGAUUACAUCGAUCAAUUUAUACCAACUGAUUGGGAAUCCGAGUGUUCCUUGAAUAAUACAGAGUCGGGACCUUCAGCUGAAGACAACAAGCGAUUUGACGACCAAGAAAACGAUAAAGGUUGGGAAUGGGUUGGAAUUGUCGCCGCUACCUGUUUAUCAAUAAUUACAGUGAUUAUUGUAAUGCUAUUUGCCUCAUUUGCUUAUGAUUUAUACAAAAAAUCAUAUCGAGUUAAAAGAUCUGAUAGAGAGAAACAAGAAUAUGACAGAAUAUUGUAAAUUAAUUAUAAAUGACAUCCUAAUUCAUCUGUAUCAAUUAUCAUUACACAAUGUAAAUAGAGACUGACUUUAAUUCAGUUUAAAAGUAAUUUCACCAAUUGAAAACAUUUAAUUGCUAAUUUUGCUAAUAAAACAAUUGGAUAUCCAA